AACAUUGAUUUGCGUUGUUCUCAACCUUGCAAUUUGUAUAGAUAUGUGUGCAUAUUUCUAUUGAAAAGUUCAAUUGUAUAGAAAUGUUAACGUACCUUUCCACUACGAUGUAAACAUCCGCCUCUGUGAAGCAACAGUUAUUGAAUACAAUUCACUGCACAUGUAACAAAGCCGGAAUCAAUUGAAAAGGACCAACGUGCAAAUUUCAAUAACGUGAGACUUCAAUAUCUGUGAGGAAAGAAUAAAAUACUAUUGGGGAGAGAGGAUGCAUUUACGCCUUGUCAUAACGCUUUUAUUCAUAACAUUGUACGUAGCAAUGCAGGGAAACACUCUAGGAUCUGUGACUGCUCAACCGGUAGAUAUGAGUAGCAUUGAAUUUGACCAAAAACUGGAAAUCAACUACUUCCGCCAACAGUUCGAAACAUAUUUGCGUGAAAAGGAGAAGAGCAUGAGUGAAAUACAGCCAGUUCAUCAAAACGAUGCGGUUGAUUGCUUCAAUGGACUGAAUUCAGAUAAUGAUGUUCUUCCAUCCGAAAUGCAUAUAGCGAAUCUCUUAAGACUGGCAAAGCCUGGACCUGAGCCUGGACAAUGCAUUGUAGUUCUCAUGCAGUGUUGCAAACAUCAGGAACUAACUCCAAAUUAAACUGAAAAUCCAAAAAAUUAUAAAAAUACUACUUUAUAAAAAUCGAAAAAAACUGCUUUAUCAGCUCAAAAACGUAAUCCACGAUGCAAAACUAUUUUCAUAUAUAUAUAAUUUACUCGUGUAUAUUUAUUCAAAAGUGUCUGUGAUGAAAUGAAUCAUCAUUAGAUUUGUGUUUAGUUAAGAUGGAUAUAUUAUCACGUAGCUGGUCUACAGAAAAUAUCAAUGUCUCAUACUUUUGGAAUUGCCCAUAAAUUUUCCAUUUGAAUAUCUUGUGAAUGAACAAACCAAACGUCGACUGCAUAGAUGAAAAGCUGAUGGAUAGAUUGGAUGGUUCCAAUGUGGGACGUUUUAGUAUUUCCUAUUUUCCUUUCAGAAAGUCGGUUCAAAUUAUUUUAUUUUUCGAUGAGGUGUGUUCUAUGUAGAACAUGGAAAAAUGUGUAAAAAAAUUCGGGAAGUCUAUUUAUUGGCAAUCGAGAAAGGUAUUCUGGCA